AUGGCAACGCUGACGAGAGGAAUGGGGAAUGAUGGGAAUCUCAGCCGGAGCAGAGUUGGCAACUUUUGGGGUGCCAUUUUCGACUUGGCGGCCAACGAGCUUGACGACGGUUUUGUGGGGAACCGUGGAAGGGAUUCAUCCAAACAAAAACAAAAACAAAAACAAAAACAAAAACAAAAACAAAAACAAAAACAAAAACAAAAACAAAAACAAAAACAAAACCAAAACCAAAACCAAAACCAAAACCAAAACCAAAACCAAAACCAAAACCAAAACCAAAACCAAAACCAAAACCAAAACCAAAACCAAAACCAAAACCAAAACCAAAACCAAAACCAAAACCAAAACCAAAACCAAAACCAAAACCAAAACCAAAACCAAAACCAAAACCAAAACCAAAACCAAAACCAAAACCAAAACCAAAACCAAAACCAAAACCAAAACCAAAACCAAAACCAAAACCAAAACCAAAACCAAAACCAAAACCAAAACCAAAACCAAAACCAAAACCAAAACCAAAACCAAAACCAAAACCAAAACCAAAACCAAAACCAAAACCAAAACCAAAACCAAAACCAAAACCAAAACCAAAACCAAAACCAAAACCAAAACCAAAACCAAAACCAAAACCAAAACCAAAACCAAAACCAAAACCAAAACCAAAACAAAAACAAAAACAAGAGCAAGAGCAAGAGCAAGAGCAAGAGCAAGAGCAAG